AUGCAUCCAAAGAAAACUGAUCAAAUUGAGGCAUUUUUAAAUGAUGACUUGAUUGUAGACUUUGAGGAAUUCAAAUUACUUGUGCAGACAAAAACAGUGCUGGAAAACUGGUGCUUGAAAAAUUGUGGUGAAGUGUUUUAUUUUUAUUUGUUAAAUGCUGACUGUGAUGUGUUAGAGGAAGGUGUUAAGGUUAUCAAUAGUAUAGUCAUUCAUUCUGACAUGACUGUGCAAGUAUUCCUCCAUAACACGGAAUUAUCUCCUAAUGACUUAAGGUGGAUUUUACCAGAGCGAAAGCUUCAAAGAUGGUCUCAGAUUGAAAAUUUAUUGACAAGGUAUAGUUUUGCUCAGCAUACUGACUUUGAUGAAAAUGAUGUAAGGUCCGAGGAAAUUUCAUUCUCCCGAGCGCCUUUAAGUGAGGAUCUCAUAGACAUACUGGGGAAGAAAGACACCUCUCCUGAACCACUGGGGCCCAAAAUUCAUGAGGAUUUGCUCCUUCGAUGGGAAAAAAUUUUGAAGACGGGCCUAUCUGAUGACGAUAGAAAAUCCCUUCUGUCCAAACUCCCUCCGCCUGAAAACUUUACAACAUUAUCUGCUCCACUUCUUAACCCUGUAGUACAAAAAGCCAUUUCUCCAUCUAACUUAUUGAGAGAUGAGCGACUGACAAAACUACAGUCUUUAGUUGCGGCAAGCCUUUCUGGCAUUGGCCAGGUCUGUAGCCUCCUGUUAUCGGAAGAAGGGGGGGGGGACAGACGAUACAUUAAACUACUCAAUAAUGCAGGUCGAAUGUUGGCUGACUUGUGGCAUUCCCAAAAUAUAACCAGAAGGGAACUUAUUUCAAUAAACCUCUCCAAGGAAUUUCAGGAGGCCACAAAAGACAUCCCUCUGGAUACCUUUCUUUUUGGGCAAAACUUGGACGAGCGAAUGAAAGCAACCAAAAGUUCCAAAGAAUACAGGAAAAUACUAAAAGCAAAGCCUCCAAAAACCAUUACCAAAACUCACUAUCAGGCUCCUACUUCAUCCCAACGAUUUCCUGCAACGACUCGCUCGUUAAACCACAGGGCUCCAUCUCGUUACCAACAGGGAACGAACCGACAGAGGAGCCGAUACUACAACAAAACAGUUCCCCCUCAAUACAGAUUGAAACAGCAGCAGCACAAGCAACGCGGGAGACCGAAUCGCCAGGCCGCACACAGAUCAGCGCUGGUAGAUUAAAAUAUUUCCUGCAUAAGUGGAAAUUUCAUUUUAAGGAAAAUAUCACAUUACGAUGGAUCCAAGGGUUUAAAAUACCGUUCAUGGCUUUACCACAACAACUAGAAUUCAAAACUUUAUGUUGGUCAGUCAAUGAAAAGGCUCUGGUUCAAACAUGCAUUAACGACCUAGUCUCUUCCGGAGCCGUCAGUAAACCCUUGUAAAGGCCAGUUUCUCUCAAAUAUUUUCAUAAGACCCAAAAAUGAUGGGACCAACAGACUUAUUUUAAACUUGAUAAAAUUAAACUUCUUUGUGAAAUGUAAACAAUUUAAACUGGAAGACCAUCGUACUGUAACAAAAAAGGAUAUCGAAAACUUGCUUCAUGAGUACAAUCGAUCUAAAGGAUGCAUAUUUUCUUAUACCCAUUUACGAAAAACACAAAAAGUUCCUUAGAUUCAAAUUUGAAGGCAACAUAUACGAAUAUAACUGCAUGCGUUUUGGGCUAAAUGUAGCACCUUGGGUAUUUACUAAACUAAUGAAACGCAUAAUGACUCUCCUUA